AACAAUGAGAGCUGAGAAUGUCACUCGUAGCAAUGUUGUGGUUGGGUGUGCUUCUGGUAGGGACUGUAUCUUCUGGAGUUGAAGCUAUUAAUGUUACUGACCUUGCACCUGCUUCAGAACUCACCCUAAGUGAGGUUCUGUCAUGGCUGCCUUCUGCCACAGACUUGCUGCGUAGCACUACAGACGACUGCAGAACACAGAGUCUGCAGUUGCUUCAUGCUGCGGAGAAACUUGAACUUCCAGCCUUACAGAUGUUGGACUCCUGGGCAAAGUUCCCUUCAGGGAUUCUGCGGGGAAAUAUCAACCAACUCGGGGAUUUUGACGAGUGUAUGAAUGCGGGAGGCCGCUAUUGUUUGAUCACCGUAGACCUGAAACUGCCAUCGAGGUUGGAUGACCUGGACACCCGGCUACACGCACACCACGCAUUGACCAGCUCCGUAAACGAUCCAGGACACAGGUUGCCGAGGUGGUCUAUGGUAAACUGGGCUGUGUGUAUUCCAUCGGCUUGUACAUCCAAGCAUCUACAGGCAGCUCUUGACAGCUUGUUGGAGAACGGACGAGAACAGAGAGGACUUGUGAUCACAGCUCGGGCAGACGCUGAAUUAUGUCAGGCAAGGGAGGAUCCUGCAGUUAUGUCUAGAUUCACUUCUCUACUGGGAUGGAGCUUCUUUAUUCUGAUUUUUCUCCUCUGCGUGCUUGGGACAGCAGCUGAUAUGAUCAGCUCUAAAACUGGAUUUAGUUUACAAUCAGACAACCUGAGGGAAAUUCUAAGAGCGUUCUCGCUCACCCGCAACAUCCGUAGUCUUCUGAACACCGAGGCCAGGCAGGAUGAGGUUGCAGGUCUGCAUGGUGCUAGAGCUCUGAAUGCCUUCGGACUGUUGCUCUCUCACAAACAGAUGGCACUUAUGUUCUUGCCUUACACAAACCGCACAGAUCUGGCACAGGUAAUAGGAAAAUCAUGGUCUAUGAUUGGAAGAACAGCCAUUCUGUACACAGACUCAUUUAUUCUGCUUUCGGGAAUUUUGUCUGCGAGAUCAUUUUUGAGAGAGCUGAGACGAAGCAAUUCUCUCAACUUGGUCGAUUCUUUAAUCUCUCGGUUUUUCAGGUUGGCUCCAAGCCUGGCAGCACUGAUUGUGUUUUGCUCUGCCGUGUUGCCCAGCCUGGGUUCCGGACCAAUGUGGGGACUAUUGGUCAACAAGUACGCUAGUUUGUGCCAUAGCUACUGGUGGCGCAAUCUUCUCUUCAUACACAACCACUUCCCCUUCACCCAGAUGUGUUUGACGCACAGUCACCAGAUUGGUAUAGACAUGCAGUUAUUCCUGAUGGCUCCAUUAUUGGUCUAUGUUCUGUGGCGACGUCCCUCGCUGGGGUUCCUGAUGUUAUUGGCAGUUUCCUUCUGGUCUUCUGUUCUCAGAUACACUGUCGCUCUUUCUGAAAAUCUUGCUACUGUUAUCUACUACGGAGUCCCAAUUUCGCAGUUGUUCAAGACAGCAGAGAAGACUUACAUUUUGCCGAGUCAUCGAGCGACAGUGUACUGCCUCGGAAUCGCACUUGGUUACUUCUUCCAUCGAUACAAAACUUGUAAACUCUCCCAUACAACGGUGGCUCUAGGCUGGACUAUGAGUGCGCUGUUUGCACUCCUCCCCGUGUUCGGACCUCACCACAUGUCUUGGCCUAGUUACGUGUACGACCCCCAGGAGGCAGCUCUGUACAACGCCCUCGCACCAAUAGUCUGGUCUCUCUUCGUCAGCUGGGCGUUGUUCGCCUCACAUUACGGAUACGGAGGUUGGUUUGGUCAGCUGCUGGGCUGGGGAUGGUUUGCUGUGUUCACAAAACUCUCGUACGCAGUCUACCUAACUCAGUUCCCUAUAUUCUUCUACAAUGUCGCUACGACACGUACAUCUCAACAGUACUCCUUCUUCACACUGUUGAACAUCACAGAAUUUGCUGUUGUUAUGUUGGCAUCUGUUGUCCUUACUCUUGCGGUGGACUUGCCAGCACAGAAUCUAAAGAAAGCAUUCUUGCCAAGGAUUACAGCAUCAGCAUCAAGUACUGCCAAAGAUGUGGACACAUUGAAAAAUCUCCUGAAGAAGACUGAAGAUAUGAUUGUACAAAGAGAUCAAGAGUUCACAAAGAAUACUCAGGAAAUUAAAGAAAGAAGAAGACUUCCAGGACUGUAGUUGUAUAUGUAUUAGUAAUAGUAAACUAAAAUUUGUAAAUAUAACACAUUUUAUAUUUUUUAUUUAUCAUGAGAA